AUGGGAGGUCGCAAGAAGACGUCGUUUGUGGAUAAAAAGAGCGCGGUGACGUACGCGUUGCUCCCUAACCACGACCGACAAGCGCACAGCCUCGGCCUUCCUAACACAUGGGUCCGGACGGACAAUAACCAGGGUGCGGACCCCUUCGAUGACGGCGAUCACGUUGGGCGGGAACUCGAACGUGAGCUCCGAGAAAGCCAUUCACAACACGUGUCCGCGGGCGAUCUUUCAAAUGAAAAGGACACAAACAAUAAAUUGACGGCAUCAGAGAAGUUGGAACUAGGACUUCCAGACGACGGCUAUGAUUACACUAAACACUUAAGAGAGUGCGACCCAGAUAAAGUACGUACCGUAGAAAGUGAUUAUGCAAAUCCACGCAGUGAGAUAUUUACGAAAAGCAUUGACCACGCAAGAACCGAGUAUGCGGGCGGGGCAAUGAACCAAGGCGAGUGUGAUUUUCACACCUUGCACGAACAAGAUAACAUUGCCGACGUGUUACAACUUCUUGACGACAUAAGCCAAGGCGGAUCAAUGGAAACCUGCGCUUACGAGGAGUUACAAGACGAUAUAAUUUUCUUGGCUAGUCAGCGUAAAAGUGAAGAGCGGUGCUCAUCGCCUUUCUUGCCCCGAAAAGUAGAGCCGUUGAGUCCGCAAACCCAUCGUGCAGCCACGAAAGUAUUAGUAAGAAGUUCAAGUGAUGCGGUAGGGAACGAACGUUCAGACGAUAGCCAUUUUCUGCGUAUGAUCCAUAACUACGAUGACGACGAUCUUGGCGCUACGCCGAUGAAAGAUGAGAGCAAUAUUAGAUCUGAGAACACAAAAUGGCAGACUCUUGAGCAGUUGAACUUCAACGAUGGAAAUUUACAAAAGCAUAACGUGGAUGCACGCACAGUGAAAAGUUAUGCGCUCAAUCAUAGUGAGGAACAAACUCCACGAAAUGCCUACUUAGAAGAAAGCAUUCUGGACAAAAGAACUCAAGCGACCCACAUGUAUGACUGCGAAAGCAUUUUGAGUUUGCACAGUAACUCAAACCAUCAUCCAAAACUUCUUGAAGGGAGACUUCUGAGUGAAGAACGUAAAUUGAAAACGCCAGAUCAACAGAGUGCAAGCAUUCCGGGCAUUCAUACUUGUUUUCCUCUCGGUAUGAAAGCAUCAUCAGAAGCUGAAUUCGAUUGGCGCAGCUGCACAGCUCGUAAAGGAGAAAGUGCUCAACAGAAAAAGGAGCGCAAAAAUGCCGUCAAAAUGGGCCGUCGACAAGCUCGAAGUACGAAAAAGGGGUUGAAAGAAAGUUUUCAAUAUUUCAAGCAAGCAGGAGCUGGGGGCGGUAGCUCUGGGGAUGUAAGAGCAAAGAUAUCUGUGACAAAAAUGCAGUAG